UCGUGAACAAGUCGUGAAGUCCGGGUCCAAAAACAGAAAAAAUAAAAAACAUAAAAGUUAAAAGAGAUGGAUAAAAAAGAGAAAAUACUUUGAUACUUACAUAGUGAUUAGUGAUUACAUACUCUUUGGAUACUUAUAUCCCAGUAAAUAUUACGCGACUACGCUUUGUUGUUUUUUGAAGUAUUCAACUCUUCAGCUGUGCUUUCUAUCAUGCGUGUGAUGAAAUAGAAGUUAAUUUAAUAUAUGGUAAAACAGUCAACAUGGGCAAGAUUAAAAUUAAAAAGUCUGGCCAAAGCCAGCAGUGUCGAUGCUGUUUAAAGGAGAUCGGCCUCAAGGAACUUUGGACAGAGUACUACAACGGGGAAGAGCGAGAGGUGUACGGUGAAAUGGUGAACGAUUGCUUCGCGUUGCCAUGGGAGCCUCUGUUUGGCAAGACGGAGCAUAUCUGUGACAGCUGCAUCACCCGGCUCCGCGAUGCAGUCAGCUUCAAGCGAGAGAUACUCUACUCUAACCAGUUGCUCAACCAAGAAGCCAAAAAUGAGUCCAAACUCAGUGUGAAGCAAGAGGAAGAGUCAGACUUAGAGAUGGAGACAGAGUACCUCAGCAUUGAGUUCAUGGAUGACGAGGACAAGAAUCUUAUGGAAAUCAAAAUAGAACAAGAAAGCAAGUCAGAGAUGACCGUCAAAGAAGAAUCUUCACCGUCCAAGCGUGGCAAACGGUACACUGAGGACGACCUGAAGAAGUGUAUGGAAGCUGUGAUGAGCGGGAAGAUGUCGCAGACCAAAGCAUCUAUCGUGUACCACGUGCCGAGGAAGACCAUCAGCGCUGCGGUUGCAAGUGAACCAAACAACCCCGGCCCAAGCAAACCCAACGAAGAACUUAAUCCCAAACAGACGAAAACAAAUGAUAAAUCGGAAAUGGACCAACACAAAAAUAAUAUCACAGUCGUAUUGCAAAACACAAAUGCAACGCCCUUCCAAAGACACGGCGAAAUCGGAUAUGCUUGUUAUUUUUGCAAAAACAACUACAUAAAUCCGAGAGACUUGAAAAAACAUACAAUUGAAACACAUAAAGACAAUGAUAUUGAGGAAAUCUGUAAAGGAAAGCCUUUGCGGUACUAUCUAGUGAAACUAGAUAUAACAGACUUAGUCUGUCGUAUUUGCGAUGAAGAAAUAUACACUCUGAAAGAAUUGUUUAACCACCUAGAAAGUCAUGGCAAAAUAAUAUAUAGGGAUAUAAAUAAUAGAAUAAUACCUUUCAGGUUCGACAGCCAAAAACAUAAGUGUACGAUUUGCUCGGUUGAAUUUAGUAAAUUCAAACAAUUGCACGACCAUCUCAACAUCCAUUUCAGGAAUUAUAUUUGUAAAUUUUGCAGCACUGGUUUCAUUACACUAGGUAUGCUCUCAUCGCACGAAGCGAGCCAUAAAAUUGGCGUAUACGAAUGCGGUUAUUGCGACAAAAAAUUCAAUACGGACAAGAACAAAAAGGUACACGAAACUGUUAUGCACGCAGAUGUCCCAAAGGAUGCGAAAACGAAGAGCAAAAAACAAGAAAAAGAAGCAAACGAUGCUAAAGGAGAAUCCAAGAAACAAACCAAAGGUGAAGAAUCGGACGAAUGUAAUGAAAUAGAUACAGAUACAACUAAAUCGGUCGAAAUAAGUCAAAAGGGAGUAAGAGAAAAGCAUCGUGAAAACAUAUUUGUCGUAGUAGCGAACACGAACGCAACGCCUUUCGGUAAAUGUAACGACACUGGAUACGGCUGUCAGUUUUGCGCACAAAAAUAUUUCAACCCUAAAGAUCUAAAGGAACACACGUUAAACACUCAUGCCAGUGAAGAUUCCUUAAGCAUUUGUAAACGAGUGGACUCAUAUAUCGUUAAACUAGACAUAACAAAUUUAGUUUGUAAGAUUUGCAAUAGUAGUAUCGAAGUUUGGGAUAAACUGUUUAAUCACUUGGAAAGCCACGGUAAAGUUAUUCACAGAGACAUUAACAACCACAUAAUACCGUUUCAGUUUGAUGGCGAUAAACUAGUCUGUACAAUUUGCCCCAGAGUCUUCAACAAAUUCAAACUUCUCCGCCAACAUAUGAACGUGCAUUUCAGUAACUACACUUGUGAUGUUUGCUACAUCGGUUUCAUCACGGAAAGAAUGCGAACAGCUCACAUGCAGUGCCAUAAAACCGGCGUGUUCAAAUGCAGCUUUUGCGAAAAAAGUUUCACUACCCACAGAAACAAGAAAGCUCACGAGAACAUGGUGCACGUUAACUUGAACUACGCCAGUACUUGCGGCUUUUGUAAGGAGAAAUUCAAGACUUACAAGCAAAAGCAUGACCACUUAUCAUCUGCACACGGCAUUACACGGAAGCAAGUUAGCUGUUCGGCUUGUAAUAGAUCCUUUGAGAGCCAGGCUAAGUUGACGAAUCAUGUUAAAAGAGAUCACCUAUUGGAGCGUCUUUAUAAAUGCGACGAAUGUGACCGAGCGUUCUUCAGUAAAGUCGAUUUAGGUCGGCAUUUGGUGAAGCAUAGCGGUUUGAAACAGUUUGAAUGUAAUUUGUGCAUGAAAGCCUUUUUCUAUAGAAAAUCUUUAAGGGAACAUAUGCGUAUUCAUUCUAACGAUAAGCGAUUCAAAUGCGAUCGGUGUGGGAAGGCGUUCAUUCAGAAGUGGAAUUGGCUGGGGCAUAUGCGGAGGAAGCAUUGCGUGGAUAUUAUUACUAUGCAUAAAGUCAUGUCAAUAAUAGGGCAAUAAAUUGUAACGGUAGAUACUAAGGUUGCUAUCUAUAAAGCGUACUUUAACACGGCUCUCUCCGUCACUUACUCCAUACAAUCGUAGUUCCAAUUUCAUUUGAAUAUU